AGUAAUCGCUCGGGAUAUACUAUAUUCUCUUAUGCACUUUGAUGUACUUCGUGACAGGACAGGUGAAAAAGCUUGGAGAAACUGUGUUAUCAAAUACUGACAAUUCCGAAAGUGCACAGUGUCGUAUUCGUGCACUCGAAUAACGAAUUAAUCGCUUAGCCAAUGUCGCGCCUAGUGUUUACAACGCAUAAAGAGCUAUGACAAAUGUGAAGUUGUAUCAAUAUAAUGCACUGUUGGAAAAUGAUCAUGGGAAAGGAUCAUAUGUAUGUAAUAAUUUGAUACAUUGCACGUUGGAUUUUAUUUCGCAGCAAGUGCUGGAGCAAACUGCCCUAAAAAAGUCAGUAUGCACAGCUCUUGUCUGUAAGUGGCAGUGAAAUUAGAGAUUUUAAAUCAGGGGAUGCCUAGCCUACACUCGCUCGUCGUACGACGAGCCCCCUUAAUGGAUAUGGGCACGACAAAUAGUUCAGUAACUUCUGUUAAUCCACCUAAUAAAACUGUCAACAAUCAGAAGAAAAUAGAUAAGACCAAUAAACUCACUGGUAUAAGAUUACCCUUGUUACGUAAAGAAUCAAGUGUAGUCAAUCUUUCUUUAACCGAAAGAACUUUACCAGGAAAAGGCAUAGAUUCUCCACUUUUAAGGCCUGAAAGCAGUGCUAGUUUAGAAGCUCGAGGCAGCAGUUGGAUUAAUUUAGCUCCUGGCGCUCUUAGAAAAUGUGAAACUGCAGUUGGAUUAAGUACGUCAGCUCUAGAGGGUAGAGCUAUCAAUCGCAGUAGAGUUUGCUCUCGCUGUUCUAGUUUGUUGUCAUUGGCAUCUGGCUCGAGAUACAGUUUAGCUGCUGGAAAUUUUGUCCCAACAGGUUCACAACAAACAGUUGGAAGAAUCUUUUGUAAGCUUUGUCUUACUGAUACAUCCCUAUCCAAAACAUUUAAAAUUGAAGGCUGUGGUUGUUUCUAUUGUAAAGAUUGUAUGAAAGCAUAUGUCGAAUUUGAAAUUGAAGAAGGUGCAUAUGAAAUUAGCUGUCCAGAUGCACAAUGCGAACAAGGUGCUAUACUUUCGUUAAAGGAAAUUAGAAGUCUUGUUAGUGCAGAGUUAAUGGAAAAACAUUGCAAGUUUCGUUUGAACAGAGAUGUUUCAAUGGAUACAAAACGUGCGUGGUGUCCACGUGCAGGCUGUGAAACAAUAUGUUCAAUCAAUUCCAAUGGAAGUAGUAGUACACCUCCUGGACCUGUCCACUGUCCUAACUGUUCUACAGAUUUUUGCUCCUUGUGCAGAGAAGCAUGGCACAAUGGACCCUGCUCCGAUCUUCCAUUAGGUAUACCAUUUGACAGUGAUCAUAUUAAAUGCUGUCCCAUGUGUUCUGUACCUAUUGAAAAAGACGAAGGAUGUGCACAAAUGAUGUGUAAAAGAUGUAAACACGUUUUCUGCUGGUAUUGUUUAGCUUCUUUAGAUGAUGAUUUUUUGUUGAGGCAUUACGACAAGGGACCAUGUAAAAAUAAAUUAGGUCACUCACGAGCAUCUGUAAUAUGGCAUAGAACACAAGUAAUUGGGAUAUUCGCCGGUUUUGGUUUGCUCCUACUUGUCGCGUCUCCUUUGCUACUUUUGGCUGCUCCAUGUAUAGUUUGCUGUAAAUGUCGUAUUUGCGGUUCUUCUAGACUCGAACAGGAGGACGGUGAUACUGCAACAUAGAAACUGUAAAAUAUUUUGAGCCCCUUUCUUAAUCUUACAUAUUAAUAAUCUUUCUCUUAUAAAAAUGGAACGAAUAAGGUAGCAUCUCUCAUAAAUGAGCUAAUAUAAUAAUUGGCAUUUUAUAUAGAUAUACAUUGAUUUUUAAUGAUAUUUCAUUUGUAAAAAAAAAUAAAAAGAAAAGAAAGAAAAAGAAUUACUUAUAUAUUAGAUAAUAAAUAUUUUUGUUCAGGGUUUUUUUUUAUUUUAUAUAAAGCGAAUUUCUUUUUUUAUCUAAAGCGAAUUAUAAUUUUAUGGUACUAAUUUAGGAUUUUCGAAUAUUCAUAGCUAUUGUUAUAAUUAUGCAAGAACAUUCCAGGAGAAUCACUAUGUUUGUGAAAUAUUAAUUUUAUACUGCCAUGUAGAUUAUGCAUUGUACUCUUAUUUACAAUGGAAAUCAUGAUUAUUAUUUUAUGGUUUUUUUUUUAUUUCUUUUUGAUUUUAUGUGAUAGGAACGUGUGACAUGCAGAUUGAAACAGUGUAUAUCUAUAUGUGUGCCUAAAAUAGAAACUCAGUGAGGCUCAGACUUAAGCUUCGACUGAUAUUUUAAUUGUGGACUACACUAUACAAUAUUCCACUUGUUCAUAUUUUAUUUAUGGGUACUUUCAUAUAUUUACUUUUGGUGAAUUAACAGUGUGUACAUUGCAUGUACAUUAUUAUAGAAAAUAUAAAAUAAUUUGGUGGGGUAAAUAGAGCACGCAUUAUAAAAAUUGUAUAGAUAUAUCAAAUCUAUAGUGUUGAUAUAUUGUUAUAAUAACAACUUGAACUCUCUAAAUGAGUUC